GUUACAAAGUUUUUCUGCAGUCUGCAAUUGAGCUUUCGUCUAACUUAUAAUUAAAAAUCUUUCCAGCGAUGAUGAACAUCUUUUGCUACUCAAUCGUGACAACUACAUUUUCUUCCGGUUCUAUAAAUUAAAACAGUCAUUCUCGAAUUCAUUUUAGUUGCUUACUGAACGUUUUGCUUUCUAAAGUUAAUUCAGGAUUUAUCAGAGAUUUCAAUAUGAAGUCCUUAGUGAUAUUAUCUGUGGUUCUUUUUGCAGUUCCAUUGGUUUUAACGUUGUCAGAAGAUGAAAUCAAGUAUUUAACUAAAUUAGCAAAUAGAUGUGCAAAUAAAACCCAAUCUCCCGCUUCUGAUGUCAAACAUUUAAUCGAUAAGGACCGUCCAAUUGAGCGUUCGACGAAAUGCCUCUAUGCUUGCAUGUAUGAACUCUUCGGAAUUAUCAACAAGGAGGGAAAUUAUGCACCACAGGCUAUCAAAGACCUAGCUAAAUUGACGCACGUCGAAAGGCCAGAAAUUAGGGAUCUUCUGGUAGAAAUUGCAGAUGAAUGCGUAAAUAUUCGUGAUGAAGAUCGAUGUGAAUUAGCAUCCAAAAUUGUAGAUUGUGCGAUUAAAGCAGCUGAGGAAAGGAAUAUCGAUUACCGAGAAUUGUAGGUAAUCAAAAAAAAAAAACGCCUUUUUGGGUAUACAAAUAAAAGAUAUAUAAAU